GAGGAAACGCAACGAUAAACGAUAAACAGAAAUGGACGCAAACUGGAUCAUUUGUCUAAUUCUCAUGUUUAUAACUUACAGUGACGGUGAUUUAACUAAAAUUCGACUAGCAGAUGGGAACUCUUCUAUAGAAGGUCGGGUAGAGGUGUUGUACAAUGGAGAAUGGGGAACAGUGUGUGAUGAUUAUUUCGAUGAAAAAGAUGCUGCUGUCGUCUGUUCAAUGUUGGGUCACUCAAGGACGAACGCUAAGGCAAAGCAUAAAGCAUUCUUUGGUCAAGGGAGUGGUAGAAUUUGGAUGGACGAUCUCCAGUGUAUAGAAAAUGAUACAAAUUUAUUUACAUGCGAACAAAACUGUAUAGGUUCCCACAACUGUAUGCAUGGGGAAGAUGCAGGAGUUGAGUGUAGCAUUUACACGGGACCUAAAAUAAGACUGGUUGGCGGAAGUAACCCGAGUGAAGGAAGAGUGGAGGUUUAUUAUAAAAAUGAAUGGGGUACUGUGUGUGAUGACUCCUGGGAUAGCAAAGACGCCUCUGUCGUCUGCUUUACUUUAGGAUAUUCAAGAGAAAAUGCAGUUCCGAAAUCCUUGGCACAUUUUGGCCAGGGUGAAGAUCGGAUUUGGAUAGACAAUGUUUCAUGCCAGGGAACUGAAAAAGAUUUUUUUGAUUGCUAUAAGACUAUGGAGUACCACAACUGUUACCACUUCGAAGAUGCAGGCGUUAUUUGUUCACAAGAGGGAGCAGUGCGCUUAGCUGGAGGAAAUAUAUCUUCGGAAGGACGGGUGGAAAUUUACAACAAUGGCUCCUGGGGAACCAUUUGUGAUAAAUUGUGGGACGAUGUUGACGCUGAAGUCGUCUGUGCCAUGUUGGGAUUCCCUAGUGAGGGGGCAUUUGCAAGGAAGGGUGGAUAUUUCUCACUAGGAGAAGAUAACGCCAUGCAUAUGCUUGAUGACGUCAACUGUACCGGAACUGAGAAUUCCAUUAUACAGUGUUCACACAGAGGUGUGCAGCACACCGACUGUAGCCAUAUCAACGAUGCAGGAGUAACUUGUAUCAAUGAAAUGCCCAAAGAUUGUGAGGUAGCAGACAUUCUCAUUAUAAUUGAUGAUAGCAAUGGAAGUGAAGGAUUUAAUAUCUCCAACAUGAAAACUCUCGCAAAGGAAAUUAUUAAGGAUCUUAAUUCAAUGCUCUUUAGAUUUAGUGUGUUACGUUACAGUAGUUCCGUAUCAAAAAUGUUCGGACUCAUCGAGUUUUCUAGACUACCUGACGUUAUACCAAGUUUAGAUCGCAUUCGAUAUUUCCCUGAUACAUCUACAGACACUGACAAGGCACUUAAAUAUGCGCGAGUGUCAAUAUUUAACAGCAUGAGGGCGGACGCUGCUAAUAUAAUUAUUUUACUUACGGAUGGCCUUCCAAAUAAUCUAAAUAAAACAAAAGCAGAAUCCGAUUUACUGCGAAAACAAGGAGUACGCAUUUUUUCAGUUGGUGUUGGAAAUGAAACCAAAACGGAGGGACUUAGUUUGAUCGCCUCUUCUCCAAGCGACGAACAUGUGUUUCAAGUUUCUACGUUAGGCGAUCUUUCACUAAUUAUCAAUGCAGUGCAAAACAAGACAUGCAAAGGUACUGAAUUUAAGCUAGAAACAAUAAAACACAGAAAUAUAUUUUUUAAAGUGCAAAACCAAUGCUUUGCACAAGUGGACUUGGUGUUCGUUUUGGAUUCUUCAUCAAGCGUUGGAAAUGAUAACUAUGACCUAAUGAAAGGCUUUGUGACCAAGUUUCUUCGUAAAGUCAACAUUGAUAAUGGAGGUGUUCGAGUAGGUCUCUUGUCCUACAGCACCAAGGUCACUGUUGAGUUUCAGCUGAACUCGUAUAACACCAAAGCUGACUUGUUCGAUGCUGUAAAUGCAAUACCUUGGAGAUAUGGAAGUACAAAUACUGCCGAUGGUCUACAAACAAUGCAUGAAGAGAUGUUUAAUGAAACUAACGGUGAUAGACCUGGUGUUCCAAAUAUCUGCACUAUUAUGACAGACGGUGUAUCAAAUAUCAACUACCGAAGAACCAUUCCCGAGGCUGAGAUUGCAAAACAAAAAGGUAUUCAUAUAUAUGCUAUCGGAAUCGCCCUCAAGGUCUUCAAAGAGGUAAAUGAAAUAGCUAGCGAUCCUGCGAGCACAAACGUGUUUACAGUGAACACCUUUGAUGAACUGGAAGAUCUUGAUGAAAGAAUAUUUGCAGCAACAUGUUUAGUGACAACUACAUUGCCAACGACAACAACUGAACAGUCUGAGUCAGGUUAUGACGUCAUCUUCAUGCUUGACUCGUCUGUACCGGACGAACUAGUUUUCAACCAAAUAAAAGACGUUGCUUCCAAUGUAACUGAAGAGCUUAGCAUUGAUGACAAUGAAUUUAGGGUUGGUCUUAUGGUCUACAGUAGCAGAGCAUAUGUGAUUGCUCAGCUCAACGGGUUAUCAACAAAAAGAGACAUAGUACGAGUUAUUAAACGAACAGUAUAUAGACCCGGUAAGAGCAAUCUUGCAGACGCUUUGGAUUAUGUACGACAAAACAUGUUUACUGACAGAUAUGGCGAUCGAGACUUUGCGAUGAACUUUAUUGUAUUAUUUACCGGCGUGGACCAAAGCUCCAACCCUUACGAUGCCUUCAGAGCAGCUGAAAAAGUGGAAAGGGAACAAAUUAACAUAUAUUCAGUGGGAUUUUAUCUUAAUGACACUUUUGAAAUAGAUGAAGUAUCCACACAUCCUUUGAAUAUACACCGUUACUUUGUAAAUGGACACGGAGAUCUAAAUGAUGUGCCAGGAGAUCUUGCAAGGUCAUUUGAUGACAUCUUCAGAACUGAAAGACAAAGACCAUACUCAUCAACAACAGCGGGAGUCAAACUUCUCUGCCCCGGGGAUCCAGGAUUUGAAACAAACAAGAAAGAAGUCCAGAUUGACAAAGACGAGUGUCGAGAAGUUGACGGAUUAUGUGAAGGGGGAAAGUGUCAGAACACGAUCGGCAGUUUCUUCUGUGUGUGUCCUAUAGGUCAUCGACUGAUAAACGACAGAUGUCAAGGCGAUGGUGAUGAAGUCGAUCCCAAAUGCCAACAUGGCUUUUAUAGAUGUCCGGAUGGUUCGUGUGAAGCCACCCUGUUUGACUGUAAACACGCUGCCAAGGACGUCGUUGUGUGAUGAGCGAAUUCACAAACUACUUCUCUUCGGUUUUUUCCUACAUACAAAUAUGAAAAACUAUCCAAAUACUUUGGAUAUAUUUUCCUGCAUGUUAAACAUUUUUUCCUUUCAGUGAAAUGAUUAAUUCUGAAAUUCUUUUAAACCGUUCACAAUCAUAUAUGAAUAUUUAACAAUGAAAUGCUUUCCAUUAUGGUUUAUAAAUGUAUGAUUUUUAAAUACGCAAUUCAUCUUUAGUGUCAAUAAGUACGUUUCAGAUAAGAAACAACACAUUUUUCGUAAACGUUUUUUACGUUGUUUUCAACUUACAGCGAUCGGCAGUAAACGUCACUCUAUAUAAAAAAACCCAACCCCAUCCCUGCAAUUUUUUCCAGUGUUGCUAUAUUCUUUAAAAUAUUCCCCCAUUUCAUCAUUGAUUUUAAAAACUAAUAUUUUUACUGAGAAUUUUUACAUAACCAAUCACGCAACGCCUGUUAUAAUACCCAUUUAUACCUUAUUUUCUCUGAAGUAAACAUCCGGGGGUUUGGUACUAUCAUUCCUAUAGCCAUGCUGUUAACAGCACGUACCUCCUGUCUUUUAUGUAUGUCUUUGUAUUUAUUGUCCUGCCUGUUUACCCUCGUAUAUGUUCAUAUAUAUGUACCAUGCAUUCGUAGCUGUUGUUUAAAAAAUAUAUAAAAAUAUUUUAUAUACAUGUAUGUUCUAAAAAAACCCAGAAAAAAACCCCCAAAGAAAUGUGGCCAUAAAUGUUGAAUAAGAUUUCAAAUAAUUAUAAUUCAUUUAAUAUCAAUUGUUUAAGUCUUAAAUACUUACUUUCUUUUAUUUAUAUUGUUUCAAAUUUAUGUUAAUUGAUAAUAAGCCUCACAGGCAGUUAAUAAGUACUUAAAUUACAUAUCUUUACAUGUUUCGUCUUAUUCUUGUGACACCUGUGAGCGUUUCAAUUACAUAAUUUGAACAAUGCUUAUUAACGCUAAUUAAACUCAUUGUUAAUUGUUUAUUUCAUUUUAUCCAUGCCAAUAAGUAAUUAAAUAACCAAUUAAAGUUUGUAUUUUGAGAUUAUUUUAUGGACGUGACUUUGUGAUUAUCGACGAAAUAAAACCAAUCGCCAAACGCAAAUUGUCACCUUUUGAAAUUUGCUAUUCCAAAUUAAUGAACUUUAUAUUUUUGCUUUAUUUUUAUAU